CGAACCUGCAUGGGCCAAACCCUUUUGUGCUUGGAAUAUGCGCAAAAAAUUUGGGAAAGCAUAUUCUAUCAAUUCCUGGCGGCAAAGCGAGAGAUCGAUCCCGGCAACAUCAAAAGACGCGUCUGUCCGUCGGAUCCACGAUCCCGACACGUGUCAGGCACGUAAAAAUUCCCCAUUCUUCCGCUCGCAUUUUGGGGCCUCUCGUCUUCUUCCUUCCCUUCCUCGCCAAGCGCAAUAGGUAGAAGAACAUCACACAAACACGGUUAGAUUAGAUAGAGAGAAGAGAGAAAGAGAAAAUGGAUGGAUGGAUAGAUAGAUAGGACGAUACCUCUCUCUCUCUCUUUAUGGGCCACUUUACCCGCGACGAGCCCGGCGACCUCAUCAACACCCUCCUCUGCGACGAGCUCCUGUCCGAGAUCCUCUCCCGCCUCCACUCCACCCAAGACCGCAAAUCCGCCACCCUCGUCUGCAAGAGAUGGCUCUCCCUCGAGGGCCGGAUCAAAACCAAGCUCGGCCUCUGCGUCCCCGACCCCUCCACCAUCCUCUCCUUGUGCUCCUCCAUCCACGCCCUCUUCCACAGGUACUCCCACCUCGUCUCCCUCGCCGUCGUCUCCGAGGGCGACCAGCAUGACUCCCAGGCGCUGGACCUCAUCCUCUCGGCGAUGGCGUCCUCCUGUCCACUGCUGCGCGAGCUCCGCUUCCUCGCCGGCCCCGUCACCAGCUCCGGCCUGGAGCCCCUGGCCCGAGCAUGCAAUUGCCUCGUCUCCCUGGAGCUCGUCGCGCUGGCGACUCAGCACUUGCCCGUGCUCAACGAGUUCCGGUCCCUGUCCGAGCUCUCGCUCACCGGCUGCCUCAGCGGCGACAGCUCCGACCUGGCUGGCGUCCCCGACGGCGAUCUCCCGCUGGACAAGCUCUGCGUCGAGGGCAUCGGCGCCAGGAACAGUGGGCUCGGGUGGCUAUGGCGGAGCUGCCACAAGCUCCGCCGCCUCGAGUUCUUCGGCUGCCAGGGGAUUGGAGACUCGGACAUCGCGUCGCUGGCCUGGUGCCUGCCCAAUCUCCAGGAGCUUCGGCUGAGACGCUGCCGGUGUAUCGCCACCCAGGUGCUGCUCAUGGUUGCCGAGGUCUGCCACGGGCUCAAGGUUCUCAUCUUCAUGGAUGGCGGGGACAUGAACGGCUUGCACCGCAUCGUUCGCAGCUGCCAGUCGCUCGAGACUCUGGAGUUGCGGCUGCCGCUGGAUUUGUUUAACGAGGACCUCGCGAUCAUUGCGCAGAACUGCCUGUCGCUGAAGAUACUGCGCCUGUAUAGCUGCUGGAUGGGAACCGGGAACGGCUUCAAGCUCCUCGGCACGCAGAUGAAGUCGAGCCUGGAAGAGCUGGUGUUAAUACGGUGCCGGGCCAUCGUCCAGGACACGGGAACUUUGGCUUACCUCGGGCAGGAUCUCAAGAGUCUCCGGCGGUUGGACGUUUCCGAGAAUGACCACCUGGCGGAUAGAGAGAUCACGGGACUGCUGCACUCGAGCGGGGACAGGUUGAUCCACUUGAGACUGCGUAGGUGCCGGAAGGUGACGGAUGCCACCCUCGAGUUUAUAGGACAGAAAUGCCGGGCACUCUCGAACCUGGUGAUCACAAGCUGUGACGGGAUUAGUCCUGCGGGCGUAGCAAUGGUGUUAGCCGGUUGCCCGAGCUUGAACAAACUAUGGGUGGAGAAGGAGAAGGUUACCAGCGAUGCGUGUAGACUAGCCAAAGUCAAGGGAAUCUUGUUACCGGGGAUUGAACCGAAUCCUUCUGAUUACUAAAGGAAUCGCAGCAUCAGUGUACUUGCGAUAGGCAGAACGUU